AUGGAUCACACUAACCACACCUGGACCCAGACUUUCAUCCUUGCUGGUUUCACUCCCACUGGUGUCCUCCGACAUCUUGCAAUCUUUGGAACCCUGUGCAUCUAUCUCCUCACACUUGCGGGGAACUUAUUUAUCAUUGUCCUUGUUCAAGCAGAUUCAGGGCUGUCCACUCCCAUGUACUUCUUUAUCAGCGUCCUCUCCUUCCUGGAACUCUGGUAUGUCAGCACCACAGUGCCUACCUUGCUACAUACCCUGCUACAUGGACCUUCAUCCAUCCCGUCAGCUGCAUGCUUUGUCCAGUUAUAUGUCUUCCAUUCCUUGGGCAUGACUGAGUGCUACCUGUUAGGUGUCAUGGCUCUGGACCGCUACCUGGCCAUCUGUCGCCCACUCCAUUAUCAUGUACUCAUGAGCAGACAGUUACAACUGCAGCUAGGUGGGGGUACAUGGGUGGCUGGCUUUUCGGCUGCCCUAGUACCUGCCGGUCUCACAGCCACUUUGCCCUACUGCUUGAAAGAGGUGACCCAUUACUUUUGUGACCUUGCACCGGUGAUGCAGUUGUCAUGCGUGAACACAAGCUGGCAUGCUCAGGUUUAUAUUGCAGUGAUUGGUAUGAUCAAUACAUGCAAUCUUGUCUUCAUCUUGGGACUCUAUGGAGGUAUUGUAAAAGCUGUGCUGAAGUUGCCUUCAGCUGCUAGCCGUGCCAAAGCCUUUUCCACCUGUUCCUCCCAUAUAACUGUAGUGACACUGUUCUUUGGCUCUGCCUUCAUUGUCUAUGUAGGACCGCCAGAGAUUCGAGCUGAGGGAAGAGGCAAGCUUAUUGCCUUGGUGUACACUUUUCUCACUCCUUUCUUCAACCCCAUCAUUUAUACCCUUCGCAAUAAGGAAGUGAAAGGGGCUGUGAAGAGGGUCACACAGAAGAUCAAAGCUUUGCUGAUUUGA